AUGUAUUGGGUGAUGAAUCAUGAGUUUGAUAGAAUAAGUGAAGUUCAACGAAAGUCUAGCUUUGUCGUUGGUACUCACCCACACGCCACGGGGUGGAGGGAGUCCUGGAAAAGAAGGGAGAGUUAG